CUUAACAAAGCACCCCAACCCCAACGCCUGCAGCCGCUGGUUCGGCCCGCAGAGAAGGGGAGGAGGAUCAGGGCAGGCCGGGAGCCAUGCAGCGGCAGCUGGAGCUCGCUGCCCUCGGUGUGGCCCUCGCCGGGUGGCUGUGCGCCAUCCUGACGCGCUGCCUGGCCCUGUGGACGGUGAGCGGCACCGUGGACAACGUCACGGCCACCCUGCCGGCCUACUGGGACGGGGUGUGGCUGGAAUGGGAUCACUGGGAUCUGUCCCACGACGGCAGCUUACACUGCUCGUUUUACCAGUCCCUCAUGUCUCUCUCCGGGAACUUUCGGACGUGGCGGGCCCUCGUCAUGGCCGCCAUUGGGGCCGGGGGUUUCGCCACGGCGAUCGGAGCCACGGGGGUCGUGUGGUUCCCCGCGCGUGGCCAAUUCAAAGUGUUUUCUGGCGCCCUCUUCGUCCUGUCCGGGCUCCUGCUGCUGGUUCCCACCGCCUGGACGUGCCACCACACCGGGCAGCCGCUGGAGGGCGCCGUGCUGCUGCGGAGGGACUGGGGCCCGGCGCUGUACCUCGGGUGGAUCUCCUUAGUCCUGAUGGUGGCCGGGGGAGCGGUUCUCACCACCAGAUGCCACAUCGCGGAGAGGCCGGCAGAGCGGCCGGGGCUGGGGGGGCAGGAGGUCCAGUCACCCACUCAGCCGGAUCAGCAGGACUGUGUUCACAAAUAGCCAGUAUGAGCGCAGAUGCGAACCCAUCUGAGGGAGGAGGGUGUGUGUGAGUGAUGUGACUGGGCAAUCCACAUGAUGGAUGAAUAUGUGUGUAUUUAUUUCAUGAUGCACUGGUUUAACUGAGCUUGGGAGGUGAAGCAAUAGCACUGUAUGACACUCCUGUGGUACGAUUGGUACUAUUAGUACAUUAAGACACUACAGCCCUCUGAUACGUUUACUUUAUUAAUAAUUAUGAUUGUUACAAUGUUUUAAUAACGAAAACAAAUGUUGAUACUUAAAAUCGAUUUAAUGAUAGUCUGAAAACGCAAUGGAAACAGUCAUAUAAUGCAAACAUAUAGGGGAUGCGCACGAGUGAAAUGAGGACAGAUGUUGACGAGGAUCAAUGAUUAUUUCACCUUUAGGAGGAGUGAAAGAUUCAUGACCUCUCAUGUAAAGUGACUUGACCGUCUGCCUUGGAUUUGGAGGUCAGACGUUAAACCCACCCGUUGAUGGUGUUAGUGAAAUACAUUUUCCUUUUUCUCACUUGAACAACUCACUGCCGUCAAAAAUGGGUGAUUAUAGAUUGAAUGAGACUGAAUGAGACAUGCAUACAAUUAGUUAUUCAAAAGAAAAUGUACGCCUGCAAUAAUUGCUCAAAUUAUAUGAAUAACUGCUUUUAUUCUUGUUGUGAAAUGUCUUUAGCUUUGAUUAUGAAACAACAUUUCGACAUUGAUUUUUGUUGUUGUCUAAAAUAUAUUCUUAAAUAUAAAAGAUUUGUGAAAAAUCAAAGUGUGAUAAUUCUCCUGCAACACCACACAAAAAUAAGUGGAUUCAGCACUGAAUAUUAAAAGACGAAGAUUAAUGUCAGCAACUGUUCUUUAACAGAAGAUGACACUUGAUAUACACAUCUUUAAUUUGUUUUACUUCAAAUUUCUAACUUUGAAUUUUGAGAUACAUAUUUUAAAAUGAAAAAAACAACAGAUUGUCUUUGCCUCCAGUCGUCAGCACAACCCGAUUCCUUGUCAUUGUGACAUACUGCAACCUUGUGGACAUUUGCCUUCAUGGCUAACCAUCGGCCAUCUUUAGCCGAUGACACCGGUGACAGAAAACAACCUGAGAAGUACGGAAACGUAUCUCUGCGGUUGGUGUCAUCAUCACAUCUGAUAAUAAUGUACCCAGUUGGCCUGCACAGACUCCUUGUGCAGCUUGUCUCUUUCUAAUUCUUUAGUUUACGUCGUUCCUUCUUGUGGGUUAAAGCCAUACAUAAAC